AAUCACAGACUGACUUGUUCAUGAUCAGUCUGCCCAUUUCUUUUUGUGAUCUACAAUGACAGACUCCACAGUGGGCAAUCACAGAUCACUAAAGGGAAAGGUAGCAAUAAUCACAGGCGGCGCAAGCGGCAUAGGCGAGGCCACCGCACGCCUUUUCACCCAACAUGGCACACGCAUGGUGGUGAUCGCCGAUAUCCAAGACCAACUGGGUAAACAGGUUGCCUCAUCCAUUGGCAUAGACAAGUGCAGCUACGUGCACUGUGAUGUUUCUGACGAAGACCAGGUCAAAAGCACCGUGGAAUCGACUGUCGAGAAAUAUGGGCAGCUCGACAUCAUGUUCAGCAAUGCUGGGAUUCUAAGUUCCUCCGAACAGAGCGUCCUCGAGCUCGACAUUUUAAGAUUCGACCGAUUGUUUGCAGUCAACGUCCGUGGCAUGGCCUUGUGUGUGAAGCACGCCGCGCGCGCGAUGGUUGAAGGAGGCGUGAGGGGGAGUAUCAUCUGCACGGGGAGCGUGGCGGCUAGCCACGGUGCGAAGGCUCGGACGGACUAUUGCAUGACAAAGCACGCGGUGCUGGGGCUGGUUCGGUCAGCGAGCCUGCAGGUUGGGGAGCACGGGAUUAGGGUGAACAGCAUAUCACCAAAUGGGCUGGCGACGCCAUUGACGUGCCGCAUGCAAGGGAAGAGCGUGGAAGAGGUUGAGAAGGUGUACGAGCCAUUUGCGAGGUUGAAAGGGGUUUCGCUGAAGGUGGAACAUGUAGCAGAUGCUGUGCUGUUUCUUGCAUGUAAUGAAUUUGUGAGUGGGCAUGAUCUUGUGGUGGACGGUGUUUUCGUGCCUAGAAGUAGUACUACUACUACUACUACUUAAAAAGUAUAUUGAGGAAUGGCUUAAUUAAUUAGCAAUAAAUUGACCGGAUCGAUCUCUUUUAAUUCCCUUCCGGCCGGCCAGCAUUUUACAGUACGUCUGAUCUUUCAAUGUAUUUUGGAUCUCGAUCGUAUGGAUGAUGACGAUCAGUUUUUAAGUUU